UGUGAAUUCCAAGCUCAGGGCAAAAGUAGGGUAAAGGUAGAUAGAAAAUAGAAGCAAAGAAAUAAAAUCUGAAGGACCUGCAAAUGGAGGGGGGGGUUGGUCUUUUCUUUAAAGAAGAGGUACCUGAAAAUUUACUUCUAUGCUUUGGAAAAUAAAUUGUUUGGUUCAGUAAUCGUCCAGAAGAAAAUCAGCUGUGUUUGAGAUUUUCAGACUAUCAAACAAGAGGAAAAGCAGCAGCUCAAAACAUAUCUUGCCUGGUUUAUGAAAAAGGAAAUAACACCACUAGAUGAUGGAAGAAAAAACUUUAUAAGACAUGGGAAUAAGGAUACAACACAUCUACAACUGUGAGUCUGAAUUAAAAAGAAAAUUUGUCAAAAGAUCACUAUGCUCCAACUUGCAAACCUCUGCAUGUUAUGGUGUGAUAAUAAUUCGGAUGUGCUGGUGAGCCCUACCUAAACUGAAUGUAUUUUUAAUUGAAAAACCUUUUCAAAACAACAGAUUGAAGAAUAAAUAAAGCAAGAAAGAUAUUUUAGGUGGCUGUGGGGAUAGGACAUGAGAUUGUGAGAGUUUUUUGAGGGAAAUCCAGGCACAGGUGAAGGAAAACGUGGCAUGAAAAUUGGAAUAUCUGAGGAACCAGAGAAGAACAUGAAGGAGAAGAAAGGCACCAGAAGGAGCAUGGCAGUGAUGAAGGAGAUCCUCCAAUCCAGAAAUCUCCUGCUCGUUGUUCUCAUUCCACUUCUGCUGCUUCCUCUGCCACUCAUAUACCCCAGCAGUGAAGCCUCGUGUGCCUACGUGCUUGUGGUGACAGCUGUGUACUGGGUGUCUGAAGCAGUGCCCCUUGGGGCAGCAGCCUUGGUUCCUGCCUUCCUGUAUCCUCUCUUUGGGGUCAUGAAGUCCAGCGAGGUGGCUGCUGAGUAUUUCAAGAACACAACCCUGCUCCUCAUGGGUGUCAUUUGUGUGGCAGCUUCUGUAGAAAAGUGGAAUCUCCACAAGCGAAUCGCCCUGCGCAUGGUGAUGAUGGCUGGAGCCAAGCCAGGCAUGUUGCUGCUCUGCUUUAUGUGCUGCACCACGGUGCUCUCCAUGUGGCUCUCCAACACCUCCAGCACAGCCAUGGUGAUGCCCAUCGUGGAGGCAGUGCUCCAGGAGCUGGUGAAUGCUGAGGAGGAGUGCGAGGCCAUCACGGCUGCAGGCAGCACCACUGCUGAGGAAAACAAGCCCAUAGGUCUCGGUGAAAAGCACGGGCAGCCUUCCCUGGAGCUUAUCUUCAUCAAUGAGGAUGCUUCUACUACUGACUUGAGCUCCUUGGUGCACUCAAAGGGUAUGAAUGGUGUGCACAUGAAAGCCAACCCUAUUGGAACAAUGAAUUCUACCAGCAAUGGGCAGCACCUGCCUCAGGCUCAGAUCCUGGUGCUGCCCCCCGAGCCCUCGGAGCUGAGCAGCAGGUACCAGAGCAGGCACGACCACAUGGUGUGCAAAUGCCUCUCGCUGAGCAUCUCCUACGCAGCCACCAUCGGCGGGCUGACCACCAUCAUCGGCACCUCCACCAGCCUCAUCUUCCUCGAGCACUUCAACAACCAGUACCCAAAAGCUGAAGUGGUGAAUUUUGGAACCUGGUUUCUGUUCAGUUUCCCCAUCUCCCUCAUCAUGUUGGUGCUGACUUGGUUCUGGCUGCACUGGCUGUUCUUGGGCUGCAAUUUUAAAGAGACUUGUUCUGUGAGCAAGAAGAAGAAGACCAAACGGGAAGAAAUGUCAGAGAGAAGAAUUCAAGAGGAAUACAAGAAACUGGGAAAUGUUAGCUACCCCGAGAUGGUGACUGGAUUCUUCUUCAUCCUGAUGACCUUGCUCUGGUUCACUCGUGAGCCUGGCUUUGUGCCAGGAUGGUCAUCUUUUUUUGAGAAGAAAGGUUACCGAACUGACGCCACUGUCUCUGUAUUUCUUGGGUUUCUCCUUUUCCUGAUUCCAGCAAAAAAGCCAUGUUUUGGAAAAAGAAGAAAAGGAGAUGGUGAAAAGUCAGCAGAAAUUAACCCACUGGAGCCCAUCAUUACCUGGAAGGACUUUCAGAAGACCAUGCCCUGGGAGAUUGUAGUGUUGGUUGGUGGAGGUUAUGCCUUAGCUGCUGGAUGCAAGACCUCUGGCCUCUCCACAUGGAUUGGACGUCAGAUGCUCUCCCUGAGCAGCCUUCCCUCCUGGGCUGUAACUCUGCUGGCUUGCAUUUUGGUGUCCAUGGUAACAGAAUUUGUUAGUAAUCCAGCAACCAUAACCAUCUUUCUGCCUAUUUUAUGCAGCAUGUCAGAAACCCUGCUUAUCAACCCUUUAUACACCCUGAUUCCUGUCACCAUGUGCAUCUCAUUUGCGGUGAUGCUGCCCGUGGGUAACCCUCCAAAUGCUAUUGUCUUCAGCUAUGGGCACUGCCAGAUCAAAGAUAUGGUGAAAGCUGGCCUGGGUGUAAAUCUGAUUGGCCUGGCUGUUGUCAUGGUGGCCAUCAACACGUGGGGAAUUAGGCUCUUCCAGCUGAACACCUUUCCAGAAUGGGCAGCAGUCAGCAACAUCACAAGCCAAACGUAAUCUUCACUCAAAAAAAAGAGCAAAAGUGCAAGACCAAAGCAAGUUGGGACAAAAUAUUGAACCUACAUUUCACAUAUGAAAGAAAGAAGGAAGCUUGAAGCAGGAUCCAUUGUAAAACUAUGAAGAAAAUCCACUGGGAGGUCUUUUGCAACAGCUUUUCAGUUCUGAAAAUCAGUGUGAGUUAAAAGGAGAGACUAGCUUUGCUCUAUUGUUGCUUCCUCUGGGAUACCAUAACUCAGAAAAAAUCCACUCCUCCAAGUUAUUUCCCUAUAGCUUUUUCAUGCCUUAGAGCAGUUAUGUAGGACUUGUAUGGAGGACUCCAGCGGCAGAAGACAAGUACACAGACACUGCUGGACUCAGCAGCAGCACAUUCAGUCCUACCAUUGACUCCUACACUGAAUGUAGGCUGAGCCUUAUUCCCAAAUCCAGAGGAGUUUUAUAAGCUUAUUUC